AUGGCUGAUUGGACAAGUCCCGGAUCUCAAACCCCUCUUCACGCUCGAGGAGCGCUUCAGUCAUACAGAGUCAUCUGGCAAAGGGCAGCAUCUUAUUGCUACCGAAAAAGUCAAGAUUAUUCUUCUUCCUUUAACCGUUUCAGAUUUGACUUCUUUGACACUCUGAAAAAUUUGCUCAUCUCGUACGGGUAUGAUCACAUAGACUACACAAGGUGCAAGCUAUCGUCCACGGAGUAUAGCAUCUUGGCGCCUCCGCAGGUCUUGCUUAUCCAACUACCUCGUUCGGGAGGUAUGCAAAAGAGCUCGAAAUUUAUCUCUUUUCUAUCCACUCUCUCACCACCCUAUGUCCCUGCCAGCUACGAGCUCAAGGCCGUCAUCUCUCAUUACGGCAGCAGCAUCUACACUGGACACUACAAGGCUCUCAUAUCCCGCGAGUUUGAAUGGCUUGAAUAUGAUGACGACCACGUCAAGUCCGUAUGCUUUGAGAGAGUCGUCUGGGAUAGCCAUGCCUUCACGUUGCUCUAUCAUCGAAUCAACGACAGCACCUUGAUCCAUCCCGUUCAUCCUCCAAAUUUCGCGCCGCCGACGGAUGAUACUGAACCCUUGAAUGACUUCGACAUGCAAACCUCCGACCCCGAUGACGAUAGCAAUGCCUCUAACCAAGACCAAGAUAUUCAGAAACUUACCGAAACGGUGAACAGUGAGGAAGCGCUCUCCGAACCUGAGUCCGGUAGCAACGCCUCCGAUCGAGACCAAGAUAUUGAGCAGCUUACCGAAAUGGUGAUCAAUGAUGAAGCGCUCUCUGUCAAAGGAUGUGAAGACUGCAGGAUGUACAAGGAUGCCUAUGAAGCCGUGACUUUGGGCUUUGCACAAUAUGAUCUCUAUGUUGCUGGGGUGUACAACCCGCUACUAGAGGACCUCAAGGCAAAGUCUUUGCAGGAUCCGAAGGUCGAGGCAGAAUUAGAGUGGAUCGAGGAUCAACAAGAGCACUUUGACUCGGCCAUCAACAACACAAUGACACGCCUCCGCGAGGUGAUGCCUGAGUACAUGGUUGGGCAUUGGGUGAGCCUCUUCGAUAGCGUCUCAAGAAAAGCAAAAGAGAAGAAGGCAAUCGAUCAAGUAGAGCCUGGCACGGAAGUCGGCUUGGUAGUGGUUUGA